AGACCGGACUGUAUCCAAUCCAAUCUUUGGUCCUUAUAUUCUCGAAAAGACCGGACUGGAACCAGAUCAAUUUGGUCCAAUUUAACCGGACCGGACCGUAUAACCACCCCUAACGUCAACCACACCGUGAGUCCGUGACACUUGCAAACAAACAAACAAACUGCGCAGUCAAAUCUGAUAAUUGGUCCAAUUGGCCCAACGUGGAGAUGUUUCCUUUUCGGUGCAGAUAAGCUUCAAAAUCCCCAUACUUACUCCUCCUCCUCCAAUCAAAUGCGCCAGCCAUCCCACCAUUCAGUAUCACAACAACAAGCCUGCAGCAGAACCUACUCACUCUAUAUUAUUACGUGCCUUAGUAGCAUACCCUAUAUUGUAUUGUCGAGGUGGACAGUGGCAUAUAGCCCAUCAUUUCAUUCAAGGCGAAUCUGACGUAAAAAUAUAUAAAUAUAUAAAACGAUUUUAUAAUAUGCCGAAAGAAGUUAAUGCGCGUGCUAGAAAUUUCUCUACAACAGUGUCAGACAUUUCGGUUACAGUUCCGCGCGGUCAGAGCCUUAAUUCUGUGACCGAAAUGUCUUUAGUUGUGAUCUCGCGAUGACCUCCGUCUAUAUUCUGUGAAGCACACGGUACGAGGACCCGUGCAAAAUUUCAAACCCAUACGAGAAGGCCUUCACUUGGGGGAUUUGGGGGGGGGGGGGGGGAUAGUACGUAUAUGCAUAAUGGAACACCAAUAACUCAAGUUAUUUGAGACCGCGCGAACUGGUUCCUUGACAUGGAUCUAUAACUCGCGAGAGGCCUUCGAUCUCCUUCGAAUCUCAAUGACCCCAUCAGUUCCCUUAAGCACAUGACCGUGUUCCGUACCAGUAUAUAUAUGCGCAAACUCCAGGCUCAUGAUCGUGACCAUUCGUUUUGAGGGAACGCGUGUCAUCAUUGAAUAAUUAUAUACAAUUCAUAACCGAAACUCUUCCACAACUAAAACUCUACUCAUUCGAAUCAACCCAUUCUCGACGCCAGCUUCUUCGAGUAUUAUGGAUUCGAUACAAAAUAUUAUUAUUAUUAUUAUUAUUAUUAUUAUUAUUAUUAUUUCUGAAGUCUUAACUUAGAGGCUGAGGUACUUCCACCAAGCCGGCUUGCCGACAGAAUUCAUUCAAUAUUUACACCCACCACCAGCUAGCUAGCCACCGGUCUCAUUUAAUUUACAUCAAACCCGAAUUUCCCCGCUCUAUAAAAACCCCACCUCGUUACGCUCUCAUCACUCCACACACUCCUAUAUAUCAUAUCAUGGCUGUUACCAAGUUGCAGGUUCUCGUGGCGCUGAUGGCGGUGGCGAUGGUGGCGGCGAGCGCGCAGCUGGGCCAAGCAGCUGUGACCUGCGGCCAGGUGGCGUCCAGCAUCGGCCCGUGCGUGAAUUACGUCAGGGGCAUGGGCCCGCUAACGGACGGCUGCUGCAACGGGGUCAAGGGCCUCAACUCGGUCGCCAGCUCCACGCCGGACCGGCAGGCGGCUUGCAACUGCUUGAAGUCCCUCUCCGGUCGUAUCCAAGGCCUCAAACCGGCCCUCGCCGCCGGACUUCCCGGCAAGUGCGGCGUCAGCAUCCCUUACCCUAUCAGCACAUCCACCGACUGCACCAAGGUCAGGUAAUGCUGCUCGAGGAGGCCGAUUGAUGCGUUCGUGGUCCGAGUGGUUUCGUUAAUUUACGUUUUGUGUCGCGAGAAGAAUAAAAGGGAAUGUUGUUGUUUGUGUAAAAGUACUACGUACUGUGUAGUGCUACCAGGCAUCGGUCCAUGUUAUAUAUGUUUGAUCUGGGUAAUACUAUAUUAUUAUCUAUGCGUUUUGUUGGGUUAAUUAUGGAGAGCUCGAAUUAGAAUCGAGACGGAUUGAGUUAAUUAAUAAACGACCGAAAUGAAUAUAACAUUAAGAAAUCGACAACGAGGUUGAAGAAUACCAGUUACAACAUUUCACAGCGAGCUCGAAAGAGCUCAUGGAUUGAGAGUUUGAUAAUGAUCAGUUUUGAUACUUGCUCGCAUGUGACAAGGGCCACAAGUCCACAACAAACCAUUAUAUAGGGAAAAGACAACUAGGACAAACUCAUUUUUCACACAAAUAUUCAUAAAUUCACUCAUGGUUGAUGAAAUUUUUAGUCACUGAUCAUUCACAUAAUCCGAUACGACAAUGUCAUCGACCACUCUUAAUUUCAUGGUUGAUGGAAUCAAAAAUAAUUUCUUGAUUAUUUUAAUUCAAAUAGCAGUUCUGUGGCAUUUUUUUAUCAUACUCUGUGACAUAUUAAAUUUCAUGAAUGAUUGAUUGAUGAGACUGUGUGAUUAGUUGAUGAAAUUCGAGAAACUAUAUGGAAGUAAUCGUUCAUUGUUGAAAAGAAAAUGAGAUUUUUCAUGAAAGAGAAAUUUAUAUGUCAAUAAUCCAGGCGAGUAUAUAUAAAUAAUUAGUGCGAUUCUAUGAAAAUCUUAGAUUAUAUAAACAUGUCAAAUUGAGUUGAUGUUAAUAACUCAAUAAAUUGGAAGAAUUUCCAAAAUUGAGCUUAUACGGCGGUCAUUCUUAUAAGCUGUCACGCUCACUACAAUGUGUAGCUAGCCGACACAAUAAUGAAUCUUUCAGGACCCUUAACGUAUGGUUCCCAUUCACUAGCAGACUCGACAAUUUAUCCACAAAUAUUCAAUCAUCCAAUAUCUCAUAAUAAGGGAAAUUUGGGGAUAAAGGAUAACCCGUAGCUAUUUAUAAUUACAUUUAUCUUAAAAUAAAUUAUAGUAUAAUGAAAAAUAUGUUCACUAAUUAGGGUAAAUACAAUUUAAUAUCCAAAUCUUUUAUUUUAAACAAUAUAAUAGCCAAACCUUUUCGAAAACAAUCUAAUAUCCAAAUCGUCAACUUUCUGUCUGUUUGAACGUUAGUUGACACUUCAAAAAAGUUCGAAGUACGACACUUCAUCAAUAUUCAUCGAUAUCUUCUCUGAAAAACCACCAGCAUAUCGUAGUUCCAAACCCGUGAAGUCCAUGACUCCACCAUGAUGGUAUAGAAUAUCUAAAUAUUCAGUCAUCUGCAAUGCCAAAACAAGAAACAAAGUUGUAUUGUGACAAUUUCCCCUAAACAAAACUUUUUUGAAGUGUCAACUAACGGUCAAACGAACGGAAAGUUGACGAUUUGGAUAUUAGAUUGUUUUCGAAAAGGUUUGGCUAUUAUAUUGUUUAAAAUGAAAGGUUUGGAUAUUAAAUUGUAUUCACCCUAAUUAUAAUCUCACACUCCAAUCUUAGAGACUACCAUCUUUUUUUUUUCUUCUUCUUUUUCCUAUACUCAAACUGCUAUAUUGAAGGUACAUUAAUUUCCCCCAAAUUUUAGGGGUGUUCCUGGACAAUGGACAUUCUAAACAUUCUUGACUUAUUAGGUCCACCAUUGAAGGAUUGUACCAAAAAAAAUUAGUAGUAGAAUAUUGUUAUGUCAAAAUUAUAAUUUAAUAAUGAUUCAAACGUUACAUACAACUAAAUAAACACCUAUCAAUGUAACUUACGAUUGGAAAUUUUUUCGGUCGGACCUGGUUUCACAAACACUAGUUCAACAACGAAUUUUAAGAGGACGAAUGUUUCAAAGUAAACGUGCCGCUAGGCCUUUUGUAGGCCUCUCGUACCAACUCUACUUUCGCCCAUUUGAGUUUAAUGAUAGGACACUAGUGGCCCAUCUUAUUGAUCAUAAAGCCCAAGUCUUAUAAGGGAUGGGCGACCCAUAGUGUUGUAAAUGAGUCAAGUUGGAUUUUGAACUAAUUUGGAUUUGAUCCGUUAACGAGUCGAGUCGAGUCAAACUGAGUUUGUUUACUAAAAUUUUGGCUUUUGUUUGACUCGAGUUUGGCUCAUCAAUGAGAUCACGAGCUCUAUUCUAGCUCAGCUCAUCAAUUAGCUCGUGAAAUCAAUUCAAGCUCCGGUAUCAUAUCAUUUAGUUCAUAACUUAUGAAUUAUCAACAAGCAAAUGAUAAAUUAUUAAUUGACUCACUCAUUAAUUACUAGUUAAGGUGGCUCGCUAACCAUAUCGUCAAGCGACCUAAUAGCUCGAAAUGAACUAUAGCUCAUGAGCCUUGCGAGCCAAACAAGGCUUACCUUAGACUCGAACAAGCUUUUCUCAAUCGAACUCCGAGCCGUUCGUGAUCAGUUUGAUUCAUUUGCAGCCUACCCACACAUAAUGUUUGGGGGAAACACUAUUAGUUCUCUAAUAGCAGUUUCCCAUUAAAAGUAUGUGUUUUUUAUAUUUUGAAUCCAAAAAUUUCUAACUAUUAUAUCAAAUAUUACAUUAUGUUAUGAAACUAAUGAAAAUAUAAACAACUACAAGAGAAGAUUAGAGAGGAAAAGACACAAGAGAAGAGAGGGGAAGAGUUCUUCUUAUUCAUUCUUCACUUUUGAUACAAUGGUGUGCUAUAUUUAUAGGCACACUUUGGUAACCACUACAUCCUUAUAUCAAUGCAUAUGAAUGAGAGAUCAUAAUGUAGAAAUAGGGGUUACAUGUAACUCCCAAGUGAGCAUCUAAUGUGGUAGGUCAUUGGUCAUCCAUAUAUCAAUAUUUACAUAAUACUCCCCCUUGGAUGACCACCAGAUUGCAUUACGCUAUAUCUUACUGCCUCAUUAAAAACCUUACCAGGAAAACCCAUUGGGAAAAAACCAUGGUUAAGGGAAAAAGAGUGCAGUGCGUAUAUGUUCGCCCUCAUGACCACAUCACUUCAGAUUAUUGAGUUGAUGAACUCAAAUUUCACGAACAACUUUUAGAAAGAUUGUUGUCGGGAGUGAGUUAGUGAACAAUCUUCUAGAUUGUCAAUUUGAUGCAUGAUCUUUAGAUUUUCUUCAUACAUGAUCGUCAGGACCAUUUCAUUUGAAAAUAGUUCACAACCACAAGUACUUGAGAUAUGGUGGAUCACAAACUGUAACGAAAGACAUUCGGGACAUGCCCAUUAUAGUUUGUUUUGUUUCUUUAUGAAACAUUUAUAUCACCAUAUGUAAGAGAUAGCUCGUCUCCGAUCAACCAAUAUAAGGAUCAAAUGAUAUAUAGGAUUUGGAUAUAUAGUUUACCAAAUCUCUCUUUGAUAAUACCAUAAUAGUACAAUCACAUAUAUUGUUCCUGGAGGUAACAAAGUAUUUUCCAACGUUCUAAUGAGGAAAACAUUGUAUCUUGCCAAUAUUAUCAACACCAAAAUGAUAGUUUAUAUGGUGCUUGGCUAGCAAGGUGCAUUGGUGCUCUAAUGCAUCAACAUAUGGUACUUCAGGACAUAAUGUUUCACUUCUUUCUUGAUUUCUAAAUGGAUCUUUGGUCACUUCUAGUGAUCUUAGGAUCCUAAUGUUAUUGGAUGAACACAAUUCGUUCAUGCAAAAUUACUUUCCCACUUUUUCAACAUUACCUUCCUUGCCCAUUAGAAGGAUCUUAAAUCCUUCAAUUUAACUUAUGUCUCGAAGCAAUCAACUGCUUUAGGAAGCUCUUCAGGAGAUCCAAUAAUAGUCAUAUCAUUAACAUAAUAUGAGAUCGUAAAAAAAACUUAACUAACACAAAUUGAUGCAAGCAAUUCUUUCAUAUAACGAAAGAUAAUAACAAAACUCACAUCAUAGAAACAUAUGAACUAGACAAAGCACACUCAUAAAACACAACUCAUACUUUAAAGUAAAUCAUAACUCAUAAAUCAAUAAUUUAAAAUCCUUGAAACACAUAGAGACAACACAACUAUAUAUGCACAAUGCAAAUACUCAUAUGCACUCUAUCUGAAAUUAUCCUUUUAAGGUCCAUUCACCCUACAGUUGUAGGUGUUCACUUAGACGAGUAUUUCACAUUCGUCUAUAUUGUCUCAACCUAUACAAGGGAUAGGCUAUAACAACAAUUUUCAAACAUUGAUUUGAAAAGGUAGUUGCAUCCACCACAGGGGAGUAUUGCCCUUCAAACAAUGAUAGGUCUCUUCGAGAAACCCAUUGCAAAACAUUAUGCGAUAUCUCUCACAAUUUCAUACUUUCCAAUAGCACAAAAAUUUGUUUGUAUCCCGCUAGUUUUGCCCUUUAUUAGGUGCAAGGACUUUUGGUCCUUAAACUUUAUGUUCCUUGAGCAAGUUUCAUGAUUUCUUUCUAUAUUGGCCAAUAACAUCAUCAUUUGCAUGUAUCAAUAGAUUUUUUCUCUUGAUCCUCACUUGUACAUAUCAUAUCCAGUACUGAAGUACAACAAACAAAUUUCAUCGACAAUGAUUUCAUUACGGUUAUAGUAUUGUAAUCUAAUAUGGUUUUGAUAUCUCUUUGCUUUCAUAACUUUCAGAGACAUGUGUUCUUCUGGAACUAAAAUUAUAUUUUAUUCUUGGUUAGUCUUCUUGAGUUUUCAUGUCCUUGAGUUGACCAUUCUAAUUACAACUCCUUUUCUUUCUCGAGGAUGUUUAUCAUUGGAACCGAUUGGUCUAUCACGCUUCAUGCGCUCUCUUUCAUACACAUUUUUUUAUAUUAGAGUAUCCAACAAGGAUGUCAAAUUUAGUUGGAGCAUUCACAGCUAGUAUAUGUGACUUGGUCACUUCGUAUGGCCAGUAAAGGCAUUUGAUAGUUGGUAACGAUAAUUCAUCUUAUGAACUUCAGGUUCAUGUUUCUUACUUUGAGGAUCAAAACUAGAUAAUGAUAACUCAUUCCAACUCAUCUCAUUGUCUAGCUGUUUUUUUUUUUCCCUCUCCCCCUUAAUGUUGGAAAAGUGAUUCAUCAAAACAAUAAUUUCGCAAAUAAAUUUUCCAUUUGGGAUUCAUACCCAACACAAAUUCUCAAUUUCCAACGAGAAUCAACUUAAGAUACUAUGGUGGAGCAAUUGGGAUGUAUGCGGCACACCCUGAUAUUCUCAUAUGAGAAAUGUUAGGUUUUUUACCAAAAUCAUUUGUAAAAGGGGGGAACUUAUGAUAACUUGUUGGUUAGAUGUGAACCAAUACUAUCACUUGCCAGCUAGCAUGUCCUCGACAAGAGAUCAGAAGGCUUAGUUUGUUCUCUUAUGCAAAGUGAUGUUUGAUUGGAUAAUCAUAAACAUGUAUCCAUAGUGAGGCAAUCAAUCUCGCAAACAUCGGGUUGCGAUUAGAUAAAAUAAAAGUGAUCAUAUAAAAUCUCAAGAGAUUUGCCAACUCUUAUACAAGCUCUGAUCAAUUGUUCUAUUCUCCUUGAGAACAAACAUGGCAUAAUAACUCUUUUAGUUGAAGAGUUCUUUGAUUUCUCAUAUGAUGUUCUCAUGAAUUCUCAAAGAACUUUUUUCACAUCAAGAUCCGGGAUGGUCUAACCGGACCAACCAAUUAUCAAGUUAUCAAAUCUUGUAAACUUCUGGUUUACACUUUUAUGUGUACGGAUUGUACUAAUAUACAUGUAGUACAUAUUUGAAAUGCAAAUAUUAGUUUCACUAUUUUCUUGAUAAGAUAUUCAUUUUACAAAUAUCCUUUUAAUUGGGAAAUGCAUCAUCACUAGGUAGUUUGGUUCCUUCAGGCCACAAAAUUAGCUCCUUUAAAGCUUUACCAUAUUUUGUACCAUAUUCCACCCUUCCGGGGACUUAUGAUUUGAUGCAUUCUUAGUAAACACAUAUUCAUAGUGAAUAUCAUCACAAAUUAUUAUCACGAGUACAUAAUUUAGUUACUUCAAGUAACCGCAAACAUAAGCUUUUUAGAAGCUUUUUCUCAUUUAUGUACUCUACCAUAUAGUUUAUAUGGAAUUUUUCUAACAAUCAUACUUUACAAAAACAUACUAAAAUAAUAAAUGAGAAUAUUUCAAACUUAAGACAAAAAUGAUGAAUUUAUCAAGUUAAUUAUUCUAGAUAAAGGUUAUCAAAUUAAAUUAUGCAUGAAAAAUAACGUCACAAUAAAACAUAAAAGAAAUAAGAAUCAUAAUACUACAAUUGUGAAAAUUAAAUAAGCUUUAUUUGG